UCCGUAAUAAAUCCGCAACUAUGUUCAAACCAUAAUGGCAGUCAGUGGCAUGUUUCGCGAUUAAGGGCCCACCGGGAAAACCCAGUGAAAUCGAGUGUGCCCAUCGAUUUACGCGAAAGAAAGAGGCACCCAUGUCCGUGUCGUAGGUCUUAUCGGGGUGUUGGUGUUGUGUGCGGUGGCUGAAUUGUGCAUGAUACAUACGUGCGUGCAUGCGUGCCGGUACAAUGCAACGCGUUUACUCUGCACAAAGUACAAUCUGUCGAUCUUAAAUCUCACUUAACCAAAGUGGAGUCUCGAAUUAUUUGAAUGUGGCCAGGGUGCAAUAUUUAGGCGUCAGCCAGAGAUCGCGCGUCUAAUUUGCAAUUUUUGAAUACGUGCACGUUGUUCCGCGUGUCGGGACACGCGACUCGCGCGUUAUCAACCAUACUAUUCAGUGUAUAUGUGUGAUCCUGUGCUCCUGUCCUGUGCGGUCCUCUGUGGUAUAUGUACGCACACUGCAUGCCACUGGAAUUUACGAAAAACCACGCACGCGACUCUGUUCUGCUACGACGCUGUCGGAUGAGGAAAUCGAGAUACACCGUGUCACACUCGCAUGCUCAUCACUCCCCUCGGCUAUUCAUACUUGGAGUUGCGCCAAAAUGGGCGCUAUCAAAUAAUUUCAUGCAGUGGAAUUAUAUACAAGAGUUGGUAGCACAUGGUGGUGUACCAGAUACAUACAGUUUAUAUCGUAAGGAGGAAAAUACAGGUGUGUUAGAUUUAAACUCAACAUAUGUUAAUCAAUUCUUGAACUUUUUACCACCAAGAAACAACAAGAAUUCUGAUAUCCACAAGAAGGAGGUUGAUAAUUGUGUAACAGAAUUUUCAAAACAAGAGUUUCCACGCUACAAGGAAAGUUAUAAUACCUGUCAGAGUGAGGAUAGCAAAAUAAACUCGAAUAAUAUACUUGGUAUCGAAAAGACUAUAGACAUACAUCGGUCUUAUAAAAAUAGAAGUGGAAAUUCCUCUGAGACAGGAAAACAGAUUUAUGAUUGUGAUAAAAAUAUUGAUAAUCUCUCUCACUUGUCGGAACACCUAAAUAUUACAGAAAAUAUUGCACAGUACAAGACAUUAACUGACAUUUUGGAACAGUAUAAAAAUACUUAUAACCUGUUUUGUGCUUCUCGAGAAGAUAAACCACUUAAUUUAAUAAAAAACUUAGAAAACAAUAAAGACUGUAAUAACAGACAAAGCAAAGAUACAAAACACUUGGGCAAAUUUUCACAAUCAGAAACCAUUUUAAAAGCCAGUGCCAUUUCAAACAAAACAAAUCAUUCCUGUAAUAUAGAAAACCGCUCUCGUACAAAAUACAAGGAAGUAGACUAUGGUUUACUAAAAUUUUCAGAUUUAGAAAGUUUAUCUCGAAACUUGAAAAUUGAAACAACAUUACUUAAACCAUCAAAAUCCAAAUUAUGUAAAGAUUCUGAAAUAAAUCCUGAUUAUGUGUCACAUACAUACGUAAAUAAAGAAGAUUCUUUUACUUCUAACAAAAACUUGAGUCACGAAUCCUUAUUGUUUUUAUGUGAGAAGAAAAAUACAGAUAAUUCUUUUAUACAUUUGCCACUGAAUGUUAAAGAUACCGAUCCUAAAAGUGAAUGUUCUACAGAGCGACAUACAAACAAGUCAAAGAAUACUUAUUUUACAACUGAUUGCAAAUCGAUAUUAAGUAAUUGGGAGGAUUUCGAAAUGUCGGGACAAUAUCCAGGUCAUAGCCGACCUCCGGUUGGCACACCUCCACCGCAGACAGUCUGGAAUCAUCUUACAAUGACGCAAGGCCAAGUUUCAGGCUUAAAUAUUCAUCCAACAGCCUUGUCUGGUGCAGCAUUAAGUCCAGCUGGAUUUUAUACGCAUCCAUCUAUGGCAAGGGCAUCUCAUAUAACAUCACAACUUACACCUCAACUUGCACAUACUCAAGCACCUCCAACGUGGCACACACCAACUGUUCCAUCAAAAAGUGUUACUCCAGCCAAUACCCCAGGAAAUCCUUUAUUUAGUUUACAAAUGCUAGUAGAUAAUAGGCAGAAUCAAAGUCAGUAUAGAAAUUCACCAGGUUCACAGAAUACAUUAGACUUGUCUUCUACAUCUGAAAUUAUCCCUGAAAAUUAUUCUCGAAUACCUCAAGAUAUUCCAAUAAGUUUGACAGCGAGAAAUGUAGAUAAAAGUAGUAGAAAUGGAAAUAUAAUAUCUCCUCCGAUACCUUUAAAUGGAGAAACUUCAUCGGAUAGUGGAAUUAGUUCAUCAGUUCCAACACCAAAUUCUGUCAGUGAGCCAGUUUCACUUUCAACGAAAGAAGUUACAACACCUAAAAUAACAGUAAAAAACUUUGGACAAACCCCAUUCAGUGAAAAAGGCGUGGCAAACCUACAUGAUAAAAUUAAAGAAAUGAGUGUAGAUAAUUUUACACAAAAAGUGAUAAAUUUACCACCUAGUGUAACGAUCGAAAGGGUAGUUUCAGAUAAAAAGGAAUCGGAGAUUACAAAGAGUAAAGAUACAUUAAGCGUUAUUGCACAAGUGCCAAGAAAUGUUCUACCUGUUAUUGUAAACCUCACCUCCAAAGGGGAUAAAGAUGUAACAGACAGCCCAAAACGAGAGUCAUCGUUAGAACGAGAUCGAAAAAUUGAGGAAACAAAUGUGAGAUCGCCAAAAAAUUUACCAAAAAAUCUAAGAGGUAAAAAAGGUGUUGAUUCUUUAUUAGAGAAAUUAGAGGGUGGGAAUAAGAAACUUGGUACUGCUGAAAACAUUGGAUCUGUUAUUGUGAUGCCAGUAGAGGAGAAGGAUACAUCCAGCGUUAAAAGUAUGUCUCCGGACAGGCAAAAGUCGAAAUCUCCGAAUAGAGAAGACGAAGUGGUAUCUCCAGCAUUCAGUAACGACGAUUCCAAUGAUAAUACCAAACAACGCAGGAAAAGAAAAUUGGAGAAGCCCGUACGACUCAGUAAGGAUUCGAAAACAGAAGUAGAAGAUAUGGAAUUAGAGCCUACAGAACCAUCGGAACCUAGAGCAUGUGAACCAAUAUCGGGAGAAACAACAAGUGUUACACCAGUUGUCAAAGUUGAAGAUAAUACAGAUACAGUGGAACAAAGAAUACCUGAAAAAAUUGAAGAAAGUGCAGAAGAAAGAAGCGAAGAAAACCAACCGAUCAGAAGGCGACGAAGCAGUGAAAGUACACCCCCUAGUUCAACUCCCUCAAAUCAGAGGGUUCGGAGAAAAUCUAGCGAUGACGUCACUGAAUUUUCAAAAGUAACAAGUCCAAAAGGUGUAAAUAAUACAAAUCCAUUUAACGAAGUUGAAUCAGAACUAGAAAAAAUGUUUGCUGGUAUCGUUGAAACAGAGACAGAUGUCAAAAAGGAAGAAUCAAAAACUGAACUUGUCGAACCUGAGGAUCAAGCUGGUAGCACAACAAAAGCUGAAAGUUUAGAAAAUAGUAUUUUGCAUCCGAAAGAUACACAAAACCUAAAUCCUACUGAUGUUUCAUCUACAGUUGAUACAAAAUUAUCUGGAAAAAAAGGAAAGAAAGCUAAAGUACAAGGUGGCAAACGGAAAAUAUCGAGAUCUUCUGAAAAUAUUUUUGGAACUAUAAGCAGUGACGUGCCCCAAAAGGAAAUCAAAAAAAGGAAAAUGUCUAAAAGUUCAAAAAAGCAAAACGUGUCGAAAAAGACAAAGAAAAACACGAAAAUAGACGGAUUGAGAGAGAUUGCGUACGAUUCUGGGUCAAAUGCAAGUUCUAUUAGAUCUCGUGGACCAGUAGUUCAUGUUGAAGGUCCAAGGGAUAGUCCAUUAAGCAUUCAAGUAGUUAACGCACCACGAGAAGAUGAAGAGGAAAAAAGUAAAGAAAAACGGAAGAGUGUUGGAAAUGGUAGUGCAGGGAGAAGUAAGAGACUUAGUCAUCAAAACGAUUUAGACUAUAGGGGUAAAGUCAGUAGAGCGGGUCUCUUUAGUUCAACAUUGUCAUCGCGUUAUGAUGCACAUACAACGGAUUCCACAUGGGUUUGCGUAUUUUGUAAGCAAGGCCCUCAUUCUGUUAUACCCGGGGAUCCUUCUCGACCGCAUCCUAAUUUGGCUGGUCCUCAUAUAGCACCCGGAACUUACACUGUACCAGCUGGUGUUUUAAGUGAUUUAUUUGGUCCGUAUUUAAUUGGUAAAGAACGUCUGGAAGACGGAAUACUUUCUGCCGACGAACAAGAAAUAACCACGGAACAAAAGAAGGGUGGUAAAAAUAAAAGAAGUUUACGAUAUGCAGGCCUUGCUGACCAGUUUACUGCAAAAAUGGGCAAAAAGAAGCGAAAUUCAGUUGAAAGUAAUACAAAUAUCAUUUUUACUGGAAUGACCGUAUUACCAGGAGAAGAACAGCGUUGGGAAGUUUGGCUUCAUGAACAGUGUGCCGUUUGGGCAGCUGGGGUAUAUAUGGCAGGGGGUAGAGUAACAGGUUUACAAGAAGCAGUGUGGGAUGCAGCAAAGUCGAUAUGUGACUCUUGUGGUUUAACGGGGGCAAAUAUUGGAUGUGUUAAACGAGGUUGUAAAGCUGUUACACAUUACCCUUGUGCUCUAACAAAAGGUUGGCACUUGGAUACUAAUCAGUAUAUACCGAAGUGUAACCUUCAUCGGGUUACGUGAAAUUUCGCAUUUAACAGUUUUGAGAUGUUUUGAAAUUACGCUUUGCGUCAUAAGAUGCGUAAGUGUGUUUGAAGUGUGAAAGUAUAAAUGUCAUGACAGACAUAUGGAAAUUUGCAUACACAAAAUAUCAAUAUGCUCGACAGAAAUACCUUCCAAUGUACAAGAUGUUCAAAUGAGAAUGCUGUUGUUGUCUUUAAGAAUUACAAACGAAAAUGGAAAUUAACGAAAGCGAAGAAAUGGAAGUUCUUCUCGUUAAUAAAAUUUAAUUAAUUUUCUUGGCCUGUGGCCUUGAACAGUGGCCUUUUCGAUCUAAUGUAAAAGCAAGAUUUUUAAUUUAAAAUCUGUAGUAUAGACGAAUCGUUGCUGAGGAAUAAGAUUAAUCAAAAAAUAUUUUCUUUUUUACUCAUACUUAAGAAACUUUGAAACGUUACAAAAUUUUCCCUGAAACAUCAUGUACGCAGGAAUAAUAUAUAGGGCAUAUUGUAUCAAAAUUUGAAGAAAAAAACAGAAUUCGGCAAAAGUUUGAAAAUUAUAGUGUUCCCGCAAAGGAUAGUAUGUGUGUAUAUAUAAAAUGGGAUGAAUUAUUAAUCAACUAAAUUGGUGGAAUUUGGACAUUUAUAAUAGUUUUCAUAAAAAGUGCGGACUAGAGACAUACGGACAAGUGUUCUCCUGUGAAUGUAAGAAAACACCUGUAAAUAACAAAGUUCUUAUAUGAGAAAAUGACUAUUAUAUUAUUAUACAAUUCCAAUGAUACUACAAGACAUUCUUCCGUUUUUAAAAAUCAUGCUAUUUUAGUAAGCAUGUGUAGUUAUGUUCUUUACCGCGCGAAAAUACAUUAAGUAUAAUGAUACUUAUUUCUACUAUAAUUUUUUGAGGAUUAUUUGUGACAUAUAAAUCUCAUAUAGUUGUAAAUAAAUAGAUUUUCGCUCAUAUAAUAUUUUUGUUCAUUUCUUGACCUCGUCUUUUAUAAUUACGUAUUGAAAUAAGUUCUAUAACUAAAGAGAACGAGCUCACAUGUUUACUUAAAAAGGACACUUGUAACACUUUUAAUAAAAAGAAUAAUAAUAAUAAUGUUAUUUAUUAUUAAUAAUAUUAUUAUUAUUAUUAGUAUUAUUAUUAUUGUCGUCGUCGUUGUCGUCGUCGUCGUCUCCUUCAUCACUAACAUUAUCAACAUCAUCA